GGAGGGGCGUGCUUCUGGGAAUUUAGCCCCUCCUCUCUCCUUACCUUUUGGAAGUCUGGGUUCCAUUGGUCCGCCGGGCAGUGCUGGGGUUCCGCUCGUUAAGAAAGAUCUUCGGACCCCACUUUGAGCUCCUUUUUCUACCCAUGUAGUCCCUAAGGCUCGGGACUCGAAUCCAGACCCCUGUCCCGGGCCGAAGGGCAGAAGCCCAGGACCCGACCUCUGAUCCAUCUCCGCUGCCACCCCUGAGCCUCAGCCAUGGACCACAAGAUGCUCGAAGUCCAAAGGUUCCUGGAGAACGGUUCUCUCCCAGACCACCUAGUGACCUCUUCGCAGAAGCGAGAGUUUCGCCGGCGGGCUCAGAACUUCGCUCUGGAAGGCCACAAUCUGAUGUUCAUCCGUACGGGCAAGAGGUCGCUGGUGGUGUUGGAUCGGAAGGACCGCCUGGAGCUCGUGAAGCAGGCCCACGUCACUACCUCGGGCCUCCAUUGCACUUUGCAGGAAACUAAGAAGAAGGUUUCCGUUAGCUACUACUGGCCCACUUUGGACCAAGAUGUCACCAAGUGGGUCAAACAAUGUAGCUGCUGUCAGAAGGCACGCCCAGAGAAGUCUCUGUCCAUCCAGGGUGUCACCAAGAGCCACCGCAGCAAGGACCCGCUGCCUGUGCUUCAGGUUGAGGCGGUCACUCAGGCUUUUGAGCAGGUGGGCCUGGGCCUGGUGGGGCCCCUGGUGGAGACUUCGAAUGGCUUCCGCUUCAUCCUUCUGUCCGUGGAUGCCUACUCACGCUGGGUGGAGGCCUCGCCACUGAAGGAAAAAAAUCCCGUGGACGUGGCCAGGGCCCUGAUCCCCUUCCUUCUCCGAUUUGGUCGCCCUCAGCUCCUGGUCACCACACUUAGGGUCCCAUUUGUGAGCCAGGUGAAUCGGAGCCUCCAUCGGCAGCUUCGGGGCCUGGGUGUGCCCCUUGGCAAGCUGGACAUUGUCGUGUCCGCUUUCCAGCCAAAGAUUAAUAGCAUCUUCUCCUUGACCUCCAGCUCUAUUAGGAGGACCCUGGGGAGCCUGGUGAAGGGGGAGCAUGAGAAGUGGGACCAGGUCCUGGAGAAAGCCCUCUUCUCCCUGAGGACGGCAGUGACCAAGAACAAGAGGAAGAGCCCCUUCCAGCUCCUUUAUGGCCGCAAACCCAGGGCCUCCCAGGAUGUUCCCUCCCAUUUUGAUGUGGUCGCGGCAGACACUGUAGGGGACAAUGGAAGAAGCAUCCAUGACGAGGAGCCCGCCGAGACAGGUGAAACCACCACGAACCACAUUUUGGCAGACCCUGUGCCAAAACCCAUGGGGCAGUCUAAGCAGGAAAGCAGGCAGGAGUCCACACAGCAGCCCCGGCAGCAGCCCAUGCAGGAACCCAUGCAGCAGCCCAUGCAGCAGCCCAUGCAACAGUCCACGCAACAGCCCAUGCAGGAACCCAUGCAACAGCCCAGCCAACCAUCCAAGCCAGAAACCAUAGGGCAUCUCAUGCAUCAGCCCAUACCCGAGCCCAUAAAUCAGCAUAUGUGGCAGCCCAUGCUGGGGUCCAUUCUGCAGCCCAUGCACCAAGCUAUGCAGCAGCCUAUCCAGCAGCCCAUGCACCAAGCUAUGCAGCAGCCUGUGCACCAAGCUAUCCAGCAGCCCAUGCACCAAGCUAUCCAGCAGCCUGUGCACCAAGCUAUGCAGCAGCCCAUGCACCAGCCUUUCCAGCAGCUCAUGCACCAGCCCAUGCUUCAGCCUAUCCAGCAGCUCAUGCAGCAGCCCAUGCAUCAGCCUUUCCUGCAGCCCAUGCAGCAGCCCAUGCAUCAGCCUUUCCUGCAGCCCAUGCCAAGGCUGACAGAAUGCCCUGCUGUGAGCAGCUGGGGCCAACAGACAACUCCCAGCCUGGACACCCCCUGGGAAAAGUGGGAGCCUGGUGGAGGAGCUUUUUGGACCCAGUGGAGGGAUCCUGGCAACUAG